ACGUCAGCUCCUGCAACUUCUCUUCCGACUUUUUUCAGUCCUAGACCUCCGCUCUCCGUCCAACAACCUCUCUCCGGCGCCGGCGACGUUUCCGGCGAGACCGACACGGGGCCCCCACGGCGCGUGCGGCGGCGCAAUCCGGCGGCCGAAUCGUGGGCUCGGCGAACCUUUGCGUCGUCUUCGAGCUCCCGCCUCUUUGUAGAGAUGGAUGAAGUUUCUCUCAAUGCUGAGCCAGUUGGUGAUGAUGAAGCCGAGGAACUUGAGAUUGAGGGAGACUCUGCAAUGACUGGAUUAGUUGGUCAGACAAGUGUGAUUCAAGGAGAGAACCCCAUGCCUCCUGCUGUCGGGAUGGAAUUUGAGUCUUAUGAGGAUGUCUAUUACUUCUACAGUUGCUAUGCUAAGGAGCAUGGGUUCGGGGUUAGAGUAAGCAAUACAUGGUACAGGAAGAGUAAGGAGAGAUAUAGAGGAAAAUUGAGCUGCAGUAGUGCAGGUUUCAAGAAGAAAAGUGAGGCAAACCGCCCGAGACCAGAAACAAGAACCGGGUGUCCAGCGAUGAUAAAAUUCCGGUUGAUGGACAAUACGAGGUGGAGAAUUAUUGAGGUUGAGCUUGAGCAUAACCACUUAAUCAGCCCAACUAGUGGGAAAUUUUUUAAAUCACAUAAGGUCAUGGGUGUUGGGACCAAGAGGCCAUUGGAGUUGGAAGGUCCUGAGGAAGUAGAAACGGUCAAAUUGUUUCAGACUGUCAUCAUAGAUGCCGAAGGUGGGAAAUUAGCUGCUGAUGAUGGUGACCUUAGAAAGAAUCCUGAUCUGUCCAAUAAAAUGAAGCUACGAAAAGGAGAUGCUCAAGCUGCUCUUGAUUUCUUCUGUCAGAUGCAGCUCAUGGAUCCUAAUUUCUUCUACGUGGCAGACCUCAAUGAAAGGGGAUAUCUGAGAAACUUGUUUUGGGCUGCCACGAGGUCCAGGGUUGCUUAUCGCUACUUUGGUGAUGUAGUUGCGAUUGACACAACAUUUUUUGGACAAGAGUUUGAUAUCCUGCUGGUAUCAUUUAUUGGGGUAAAUCACCAUGGGCAACCUGUACUGUUGGGUUGUGGUUUGUUAGCAGGCGAGACUUUCGAGUUGUAUGUAUGGCUGCUUAGGGCUUGGCUCACCUGUAUCCUAGGACGCCCUCCCCAAACUAUCAUUUCCGAUCAAUGCAAAGCCUUGCAAGCUGCUAUCUUUGAUGUGUUCCCCAGAGCUUCUCAUUGUAUAGAUUUGACAAAGGUCAUGAGAAGAAUCUCCGAGAGAUUGGAAAUAACUUACCAAUAUGAAGCAAUUAAAGCUGCCGUAUAUAGAGCAGUUUGCCUUUCCCAGAGGGCUGAAGAAUUUGAAGCGGCUUGGAUGGAUAUCAUCCAUGAGCAUGGACUGGAGGAUCACCAAUGGUUCCAAAGUUUGUAUGAAGAAAGGAACCGGUGGGUCCCAGUCUACUUGAAGGAGACCUUUCUGGCGGGAAUGUUUACUAUCCAGCAAAAUGAAGACGCGACAUCGUUUUUUAAGGGAUAUAUAGGGAACUGCACCUCUUUAAAGGAAUUUCUGGACAAGUAUGAUCAAGCAAUGCAGAGGAGUCACCAGCUUGAAGCACUGGCCGAUCUAGAUUCAAGAAAUUCGAGUUGUAUGCUAAACUCGAGGUGUAAUUAUGAGUUGCAGCUCUCAAAAUUGUAUACAGGCUACAUCUUCAUGAAGUUCCAAAAGGAGGUAGAAGGAAUGUAUUCGUGUUUCAGCACGAGACAAGUAAAUGUAGACGGGCUAGUCACAACUUAUACGGUUCAAGAACAUGUUGAGCUUGAGGAUGGUCAGAGGGAAGCAAGAGACUUCGAGGUUUUGUUCAAUGGAUCCGAAAUGGAGGUCUUCUGUGCUUGCGGUUUAUUUAACCUGAGAGGAUAUCUGUGCAGGCAUGCACUUCAUGUCCUCAGCCAAAACAGGGUAGAAGAGGUCCCACCUCAAUACGUGCUCUCGCGCUGGAGGAAGGAUAUCAAGCGCGGUUACGUCCUGGACCAGAGAUCUGCAGGGAUCGACAUUGACAACCCAGUUCACCGGCACGAGCAUCUGCACAAAUGCAUCCUGCAGGUAAUGGAUGAAGCUAGGAAGUCGCAAGACCGUUCUAAGGUGGCGCUGCAGGCGUUGGAUGAGAUGCUGAACAAGAUCCAACUUUCAAAAGAUCACCCGGAAUGACAGUUUGUGAAUCAAGACCCCAAAAUGU